UACAUGCUCCAGUUCCAACACACCUCGAUGGUUAAUCGUCUUCAAACACGAGGAGGAACCAUCCCCAGAUUUGCAUUCAAUCUAUGCCCAUUUGAUCAACUUCCAUCAAAAAACAUCCGCUCAAAACCCCUCAUAGAUUUAAUUGGAGUCAUCAGUGAUGUUGGUCCAUAUGACUUUGCUAGCCCUACAUCAAAUAAAAAACUGCGAAAAAUCCAAAUUUGUGACCUAGAGGAACAAACGCAACAAUUGCUCCUCUGUUCUGAACAUGGUGAAUCAUUUGAUGGGGACAACAUCAUUCAACAAUCCAAAAAUGGAAUUGUGGUGGCAAUAUUUGCAGGCUUAACUGUAGGAAACUUUUCAGGACAAAUAGAGGCAUCAUCCAGUUCUGCAACUCAAGUAUUCAUUGACUCGGACCUUCAGGAAAUCGUCAAAUUUCGUGAAAGCUACCAAUGGGAACCUCCAGCUUUACAACGACAUUUACCUCAAAUUCUACAAAAAUCACCAAUUGAAGCAGCUGGUCAAAUAUACAAGAUUGAGCAGCUAACUGCACUGCAGCCUUCCUCUUUCCAGAGGGGUGCUACAUAUAGCUGCAUCGCAAAGAUAACAGCCAUAGUACCGUCAAUAAAAUGGUACUACAAAGCCUGCCUAUCUUGCAAAAUAGGAUACAACAGCAUUUCAGAAACUCCAAGAUGUGAUUGUGCUACUUCACAGCCCAUGCCUAUGUUCAAGCUUCCUCUUGCACUUACAGAUGAUACAGGAAGCAUAGAAGCAAUAGCUUUCUCUUCCAUAGCUGAAGAUUUAGUAGAGCGUAAUGCAUACCAAGCUUCUCAAAACAUGAAGAUACAUGCAACAGACCAUGCAGCGUCUUUACAAACAGCUGUUGGGAAAAUAAGACUAUUCCACAUAGGAAUGAGUACUGAUAUGUCAUCAAACUUCUCCAUUAAAUAUGUCAUCCGGAAGAGUUUUCCAAUCGACAAACCACCCUCAACAUCACUUCUGUCACAUAAUGAGAAUACACCUGCAUCGCCUAUAUUACCUCUUCCAGCAACUAAUGACACAUCCAGCGUCACCAGUUCUGCUGCGAAGAGAACUAUAGACUUUGAUCAUAGCGAAACACAUGCACCAUCCACGCCAGAUGAUGCAAAACGUCAAAAAAAUAAUAUAACGAUAGUGGAGAAUCCAUAACUUCACUUAUCCAAGAUAGUCGAUACAAAGUCCAAUCACUUCACAAAAUGAUGCAGACAUUUCCAUUUCCUCCUAGAAUAAAAUUAAAGCAACCUUAUUACCUAUUAUGGUUCCUCUUUUUAUGAGUUUCAUCAACUUCAACUUAUCCUUACAUUGACUUCAAUAUUUAAUCAUAUAUCUUA